CUUCCAGUAGCAAACAUGCUGUCCAUCGCUGCCUUCCUCGGCUUGAUCGCCGUCUCAUCGGCCGGCUACCUCGGUGGCUACGGAGGCUACGGCGGUGGCCUCGGCUACGGUGGUGGUCUUGGCUUCGGCUACGGUGCCGGCUUCGGCGUUGGUGUCGCUGCCGCUCCAGUCGCUGUCGCUGCCGCUCCCGUCGUCGCCGCUGCCGCCCCAUUGGUCCGCGCCGCCCCGGUGGUCCGCGCCGCUCCCGUGGCCGUCGCCGCCCCCGUGGCCCUGGGCCCUAGCCCCGCCGCCAUCGCCGCCGGUGCCUUCGGCGCCACCGCCGUGACCGGUAACGUCGCCAAGGCCGUCACCAGCCUCGUGUCCACCGCCCACCACACCGCUCCUGGAGUCGCCAGUGUCGCCACCCAGGUUGCCGCUCCUGUCGUCGGCGCUAGUUAUGGCGGAUAUGGCGGAGUCGGCGGAUUCGGCGCCGGAGUCCGCGGAUUCGGCGGCGGUUACGGCGGCGGAUACGGCUACGGACUCGGUCACGGCGGAUACGGCGUUGCCCACGUCGCUGCUGCUCCCGUAGUAGCCGUCGGAUACGGCGGAUAUGGCGGAUAUGGCGGCUACGGCGGCUACGGCAAACACUAGAUAGGAAAGGUACAAACUAACGACAUUGCGAAGCUUAUACAUACGCUGAGUGGGUGCUAGCGAUGGAGGACUGGUCAGCAGACACCGAUGGUCCAGUAGCGAAAGAAUAAAUUAUUCCACUUGUUCUGCCUGGUGCACAAAA